AUGGCUUGUUUCUGCUGGUGCAAAAAGGUAUGAUAUCAGGUCAUUUAAUCGAUUAACAACUACUUAAAUUCUGGUGUAGUAUUUUUCUCUUAGACCUAGUGGGAAGAAUAAAAGUAAAAGUACAUUCUGAUUGACGAAUACAAAAAAAGUGUACAUGAAAUGUACACGAAGUUUGGCUUUUGCAAAUGUCACUCAACAUAACCUGUAUAUACUGAGAUAUUUGAGGUUUAGGAUAGAUAGCUAAGUUCCUCUACUUUAGGCCUACCUCUUCCUAUUCUUAUGACCCCCCCCCCCCCCAACAGAAAAAACGGCAGAAAGCCAAUUCAAUUGAUGUGGAGCAGAAGACAAGAAAGAAGGAGAGUAGCACUUCAUCCCCCUCUCCAAUUCCACCUGACCGUUCUGAACGGAAUGUCUCCUCCACCUCUGUCCCCUCACCCUCUGACCAACUCUCCUCCAUCCAUCCACCUCCCUCUCCUGUUAAAUGUUCCUCUCAGCCUUGCUCUCCUGCUAAACACCCCUCUCUCCCCCGGUCACCUGCCAAACACCCUUCCCCAGUGAAAUCCACUCCAAUGGUGUCCCUCCCUAGUUCUCUCUCUCCUACCAACCUUCUGGACCGUCAUGGACACACCAGCCAAGAGGGUGCAACUGUCAGAUAA